GUUGAAAAGGGCAAGGUUGGCAAAGGAGUGGGAGACUGCUGUGAGAUGGGGCUCAGUGAGGAGAGGAAAGGGAACGGGGAAGUGUGAUUUAGGGAGCCUCGUUGGAUACACACAUACUGCCCCAUUCAGGACAUGGCUGCUUCCUGAACUGCUGACGCCGCCUGACCUGGCUCCCCCAAGUUCCAGCCCAGGAGCACAAUGGCCCAGCCUGCUUUCCAGGAUCAAGAUGAAGAGGCAGGAAGGAUCUCCAGCCAUCUGAUGAGAGAUUCCACUGAAGAUGUGACAACACCAACGAAAACACAAGUAACGAUCACUGAAACCCUUUGGGACCAGGUGCUAACAACUUUUAGGAAUAUGCAAAAGGAGCUGCAAGAAGAUGCUCGGACUCGAGGGAUGAGCAACUGCUCCACAACACCCAAAUUAUCUGCAUCUGGAAGUAGCCUCAAAUCUUCAGAAUCUGGAACAACUGUCAAGUCAAGGUUGCAAGCUGAGGAGCAGCCAUCGGAGGGCCAUGCCCAUAAUGCACGAAACCAGCUCUCAGACCCAGCAUCUUGCUACCCAGCUCUUUGAUUCACUCAUCAAGGAAGAUAUCCUCUGCUUCUGCCAGGUGACUGCAACAUCUUGGACAUAACUUUGAUUACCUGGAAGAGAGAAGACAGUACAGAGACAUCACCACUGACCUGGAAGGAGGAAUGAUACUCAUGAGCAGAGAUGUCAGCAUGCAACUGAGAACUGGGAAAUAGAGCAAGACCCAUACCACAGUAGUCAAGCAAAGGAAGCAGCAAAUAAACAAUAGUUAAGACAA